CCAUGGGACGGGCGCUUUGGGUAUAAUGACCUGAACUGACAGCUGGACCAUCAGACUUGCGGUCAGUUCGGGACAUGUGACCAUAAUAUAGAGGAUCUGCCCCCACAAGUAUUCACCUCAUCAUCCGAGAGCAAGAAGAUAAAUCAUGUGCAGGAAUAUCCCCUCAAAUGUCUCCAUAUAACAUCCUGGAAUUGUAUAGAAUUAAAUGUUUAUUCACAAUACAGGUUCCUAUAAGGUGUCAGGACGUGGCGGUCUAUUUCUCCAUGGAGGAGUGGGAGUAUGUAGAAGGACACAAGGAUCAGUACAAGGAUCAGGUCAUGAUGGAGGAUCAGCAGCCCCUCACAUCACCAGUCAGAUCCAGUAAGAGAACAGCACCAGAGAGGUGUCCCCGUCCUCCUGAUGAACAGAAUAUGGAGGUCAUUACUACAGGGAAAAAUGUAAUUUAUAUUAAUGCUACAGAUAUAAAGGAAGAAGAAGAGACAGAUGUGAGCGGUAAUGAGCAGUAUAAAGAGUACAUUCCUGCAGGCAAAGAUCUGAUCAAUAUUAAUGCUACAGACAUAAAGAAAGAAGAAGAGACAGAUGUGAGCGGUGAUGAGCAGUAUAAGGAGAACAUUCCUACAGAGAAAGAUCUGAUCUAUAUUAAUGCUACAGACAUAAUAGUAAAAGUAGAAGAAGAGACAGAUGUGAGCGGUGAUGAUCAGUAUAAGGAGGACAUUCCUUCAGGGAAAGAUCUGAUCUAUAUUAAUGCUCCAGACAUAAUAGUAAAAGUAGAAGAAGAGACAGAUGUGAGCAGUGAUGAGCAGUAUAAGGAGGACGUUCCUACAGGUAAUAACCCAGAUUCUUGUAGCAGGAGAUCAGAGGAGAAUCUUAUAUCUUCAGAUUAUAAAGCAGAUGAUGAUAUCACACAAGAUACAUAUGAAGAACAUUCCAUUAUCCCAGAUACACCCUCAGCCCUUCACAGCCAAGAUCUGUCAUCUCAUCCUUAUAUACAGGUCCUGUCUUCUCACUCAUCACAGGAUGUUCAGCAAAAUAAAAGUCACCGAGCUCUUACAGGAAGGAAACCAUAUUCAUGCUCAGAAUGUGGGAAAUGUUUUACUGACAAAUCAAGUCUUCUUAGACAUCAAAUAACUCACACAGCAGAGAAGCCAUUUUCAUGUUCAGAAUGUAGAAAGUGUUUUACUGACAAAUCAAGUCUUCGUAGACAUCAAAGAACUCACACAGGGGAAUUUUCAUGUUUAGAAUGUGGGAAAUGUUUUACUCGGAAAUCAACUUUUCUUCAGCAUCAAAGAACUCACAAAGGGGAGAAUCCAUAUUCAUGCUCAGAAUGUGGGAAAUGUUUUAUUAAGAAAUCACAUCUUGUUCAACAUAAAAGAACUCACACAGGGGAGAAGCCAUUUUCAUGUUCAGAAUGUGGAAAAUGUUUUAAUGACAAAUCAAUUCUUGUUAAACAUCAAAGAACUCACACAGGGGAAAAGCCAUUUUCAUGUUCAGAAUGUGGGAAAUGUUUUACUUCAAAAUCAGGUGUUACUCGACAUGAAAGAACUCACACAGCAGAGAAACCAUUUUCAUGUUCAGAAUGUGGGAAAUGUUUUCCUGGGAAAACAAAUCUUGUUCAACAUCAAAGAACUCACACAGGGGAGAAGCCAUUUUCAUGUUCAGAAUGUGAGAAAUGUUUUACUAAUGAAUCAAGUCUUGUUGUACAUCAAAGAACUCACACAGGGGUGAAGCCAUUUUCAUGUUCAGAAUGUGGGAAAUGUUUUCCUGGGAAAAAAAAUCUUGUUCAACAUCAAAGCACUCACAGGGCGGAGAAGCUAUUUUCAUGCUCAGAAUGUGAGAAAUGUUUUACUAAUAAAUCAGGUCUUGUUGUACAUCAAAGAACUCACACAGGGGAGAAGCCAUUUUCAUGUUCAGAAUGUGGGAAAUGUUUUACUUGGAAAUCAGAUGUUACUCGACAUCAAAGAACUCACACAGGGGAGAGACCAUAUUCAUGUUCAGAAUGUAGAAAGUGUUUUCCUGACAAAUCAAGUCUUCUUAGACAUCAAAGAACUCACACAGGGGAGAAGCCAUUUUCAUGUUUAGAAUGUGGUAAAUGUUUUACUCGGAAAUCAGACCUUGUUGUACAUCAAAGAACUCACACAGGAGAGAAGCCAAUUCAGAGCAAUAAAUGAUGCAGAUAACACAUCUAUAUAUUCACCAUGUACAUAGGAUAUCUGACAUUUAUACAUAUAUCAUAUACUGCAUCUCCAAACUUGUUACCAAUUGUUCAACUUUUUUUUUUAAAUCAACUGGUGCCAGAAAGUUAAACAGAUUUGUAAAUUAUUUUAAUAUAAAAAUCUUAAUCCUUCCAGUACUUAUUAGCUGCUGAAUACUACAGAGGAAAUUAUUUUCUUUUUGGAACACAGAGCUCUCUGUUGACAUCACAACCACAGUGCUCUCUGCUGACAUCUCUGUCCAUUUUAUGAACUGUCCAGAGUAGGAGAAAAUCCCCAUACCAAACAUAUGCUGCUCUGGACAGUUCCUAAAAUGGACAGAGAUGUCAAAGUUUUUCAGUUUUUGCAUUUUCGUUUUUUCCUCCUUACCUUAAAAAAAUCAUAACCCUUUUAAUUUUCCACCUAAAAUUCCAUAUUAUGGCUUAUUUUUUGCACCACCAAUUCUACUUUGCAGUGACAUUAGUCAUUUUACCCAAAAAUGCACGGCAAAACGGAAAAAAAAAUCAUUGUAAGACAAAUUUGAAGAAAAAACACCAUUUUGUAACUUUUGGGGGCUUCCGUUUCUAUGCAGUGCACUUUUUGGUAAAAAUGACACCUUAUCAUUAUUCUGUAGGUCCAUACGGUUAUAAUGAUCCCCUACUUAUAUAGGUGAUUUUGUCGCACUUCUGGAAAAAAUCAUAACUACAUGCAGGAAAAUUUAUACGUUUAAAAAUGUCAUCUUCUGACCCCUAUAACUUUUUAAUUUUUCUGUAUACGGGGCGGUAUGAGGGCUCAUUUUUUGCGCCAUGAUCUGAAGUUUUUAUCGGUACUUUUUUUUUUGAUCGUUUUUUAUUCAUUUUUUAAUGGUAUAAAAAGUAACCAAAAAUACGCUAUUUUGAAGUUUGGAAUUUUUUGCGCGUACGCCAUUGACCGUGCGGUUUAAUUAACAAUAUAUUUUUAUAGUUCGGACAUUUACGCACUCGGCGAUACCACAUAUGUUUAUUUUUAUUUACACUUUUUUUUUUUUUUAUAAUGGGAAAAGGGGGGUGAUUCAAACUUUUUUUUUUUUUUGCAGUGUUAUAGCUCCCAUAGGGACCUAUAACACUGCACACACUGAUCUUUUACGCUGAUCACUGGCAUGCAUUAACAUGCCAUUGAUCAGCGUUAUCAGCGCUUGACUGCUCUUGCCUGGAUCUCAGGCAUGGAGCAGUCAUUCGCCGAUCGGACACCGAGGAGGCAGGUAGGGUCCCUCCAGGUAUUUUGUAAGCUGUUCGGGAAGCGGCGGUCAACUUUGAUCGCCGCAUCUGAAGGGUUAAUACAAGGCAUCACCGCGAUAGGUGAUGUCCUGUAUUAGCCGCGGGUCCCGGCUGUUGAUGGCCACCGGGACCGACACAAUAUGACACAGGGUCACUGCGUGACCCCACGUUAUAUCGCAGGAGCCGGCGCAGGACGUAAGUAUACGUCCUGCGUCGUUAAGGAGUUGAUAAAAGUUUUUUCUUAUAUGAUUUAUUAUUCUUAUAUUCAUCUCCGCACACUGGACUUAUAAUAAAUGUAAUAUUGUCCCUGACGUUGUAUAUAGGGAAUGUAACACGUCAGUGUUGUCCCCGCCCCCUUCUCAUUAUGAUUAUAGAGACUUUAAUUCAAGGCAUCAGACAGGAUCCGCGCGUCUCCCUUGAAGAUCGUCUCUUCGGAACAUAAGACACUGCAGAUACUUUUAUUUAUCACAAACCCUAGACCAGCGUUUCCCGUCUUGACGUCUAUUUUCGGUCUCAGAUCAUAAAAAUCCAUUUUUCUAUAUGAGAAGUCGUCAAUAUCUCAGCGUCCCCCGGGUUCAGUAAACAUCGGUGUAAUUCUUUUCCUUUUCUUUGUCCUCCCCGGGGUAUAAAAUCCCUAGAGAUCUGAUCACAUCUGGUACAAGAUCUCUUUACUUCACACUUUGCGCCAUUAUUACAUGGAUUGAAGACCCAGUUACACGCUCGUAAAUUCCCAUAUAUGUCGUGGAUUGGAAGGAAAAAGGUUCUUAAAUCUUAUAUUUACCAAUAAUAUUUUAUAUUUGUACAGUCCGUCCCUAUCAUAGUACGGAAUUGUUAUUUUUCUUCUAUCCGAUGGUUAUUUAGUAAUUUUGUUAUGAUUCAGAAGAGACCACGUGUCCCGUAUAGACGCUCACCCUGAAGACAUUAGACGGCGGUUUUGUGUUUCCGGAUUUACACACUUAUUAUAAAGCUUUUCCUUCGUCUGGAUUAUUAGAGCUCGUUCGCUCUUCUUUUUCUCAUCCUCCCCUUUGUUACGCCGAGCGCUCCGGGUCCCCGCUCCUCCCCGGAGCGCUCACGGCGUCUCUCUCCCUGCAGCGCCCCGGUCGGUCCCGCUGACCGGGAGCGCUGCACUGUCAUGGCCGUCGGGGAUGCGAUUCGCACAGCGGGACGCGCCCGCUUGCGAAUCGCGUCCCAAGUCACUUACCUGUCCCGGUCCCCGGCUGUCAUGCUCUGGCGCGCACGGCUCCGCUCUCUAGGGCGCGCGCGCGCCAGCUCUCUAGAUUUAAAGGGCCAGUGCACCAAUGAUGGUGCCUGGCCCAAUCUUCCCAAUUAGCUUGAUUAGUUUCCACCUGUGCACUCUCUACUUAUACCUCACUUCCCCUGCACUCCCGCGCCGGAUCUUGUUGCCCUUGUGCCUAGUGAAAGCGUUCCCUUGUGUGUUCCUAGCCUGUGUUCCAGACCUCCUGCCGUUGCCCCUGACUACGAUCCUUGCUGCCUGCCCUGACCUUCUGCUACGUCCGACCUUGCUCUUGCCUUAUCCCUUGUACCAUGCCUAUCUCAGCAGUCAGAGAGGUUGAGCCGUUGCCGGUGGAUACGACCUGGUUGCUACCGUCGCUGCAAGACCAUCCCGCUUUGCGGCGGGCUCUGGUGAAAACCAGUAGCUACUUAGAACCGGUCCACCAACACGGUCCACGCCAAACCCUCUCUGACACAGAGGAUCCACCUCCAGCCUGCCGAUCCGUGACACCCUUUAUAUUCCUCCUCAUGUGGAUAUGGAAUUCUCCUCAGUCCCUCCUUCUAUAGGGCCCAUUUUGUGGCCCCCGCACUCCUCCUUGGCCUCUCUAGUUCUUUCCUCUUUUAUAUAUAACUUUGUCGGUAUUACGAGACUGCUCUACGACUGAUUCUGAUUUCCCUUCUCCCCUAACCCCACUUUCUUUACUCCCUAUGGUUAUUACUAAACACAUUUUCCCUCUUCCCCUUUGUGGGAACGUUUACAUUCUUUUACGUUACGAGAUUUAUAUUCUUCUACUAAGACUUUGGCCAUAGAGGAAUCUCAGGCUUUCUGGGGUUUUAUAAGUAAAUUUAUCUUUACUCUCCAAUGUUUUAAGCGUUAUACUAACAUACGUCCCUGAAAUUGGUUAGAGAGAUUGUAUUUAUUUCCUAAAUAAUAAUAAUAUCUAAGCUUUAUUCUUAUCUGAUUUCUUCUGCUCCUAAUAGUAACCAAAAGACAUCUUAUAUGAGAAGAGGAGCUGAAUAUCCAACUCUCUGAAGAACAGUGCGGAUUUAUCUCUAGCGCUCACGUGGCUCCUCCCCCUGUAUUCGUAUACAGGAGAGUUCAUAAAAGUUAUAUUAUCGGGGGUAUGGGACUACUCCUCCCCUUUUGUCACAUGGUAUUACAGAAUCUUCUCAAUGUUGGAGGUGUGGGAGUGAGUCGUGGACUCUUUUACAUAUACAGGGGUCUUGCUUGAAAAUGUAAUCUUUCUGGCGGGAAGAUAUUUCGAUUACUGUAUAUACUUGUGUAUAAGCAUGUUUUUUCAUGGUGAAAAUUCCCCCCUCUGCUUAAACUCGAAUGAAAAAAAAAAAAUUAGUACUGACAUCAGUCCAGGCAUACAGAUGGUGGUGGUGGUCUGGGUCGUCUGUCUUCACCGUGAGGCCCCCCUUCUCCGCUCCGGGCCGGCCCCAGACACAUCCAUGGUAGGGACUGCACAGGUACCAUCCGCAUAUCUGUGGGAAAAGUGAGCUGAUCUGGUCUGUCCAUCCGGCCCCUGACUAGUGAUGCUGGGGUAGGAUCUCUGCCACACAGGGAUUCCCCUGACGUCACGGACCUGUCCCUUUCCCGGCUCUCAGGCAACAGGAAAAGACCUGCUGCCACGAGAGCUACAACUGGGGAGGUGAUUAGAUGAUGAGAGGGAGAUGGAUGAUGACAGGAGGGGGAUGGGUGUUUGUUGCAGUGGGUGAUGAUAGGCUUAUACUCGAGUCAAUAGGUUUCCCCCCCCCCCCCCAGGUUUUUGUGGUAAAAUUGGGGCUUUGGCUUAUACUCCUGUAUAUACGGUAUUUGCUUGGUUACAACACAAAGAUUCAUUUUACUCUGGAAAUGGUUCUUCUUACGGUUACUUCUUCGGAUUUCUGUCCUAUCUGGAAUUGCUGAAUCACACACCUACUAUUGGUGACUAGACUGCUUAUUCCAAUAUACUAGAGAUCUUCUACCCCCUCCAACCAUCGGUGCAAAAAAAGUUCCCAGUUCAAAAUUUGAGAAACCUGUUUCAUGGCAAAAUUUCAUAAGCAAUUCCUUGGAGACUUGUUCUCCUUAGAUUACUUUUUGGACCUUUUAAUUAAAUAAUUGAUUAUUACGUUUUAUGCUAGACGUCAGGUUUAUCUAUUUCUGUCUUUUUUUCCUAAAGAGUUUAUUAUUUAGAGUUUGUAAUUUCUGUAUUAUUGCGGCAAUAUGAAUAUUAUUGUGGUGUAACGAUGAUUUGUUACUAUCACGCAAUGCUAAUUAUUUAGGAAAAUUUGGGUUAAUCUUAAAAGAAUUUGUCAUAUAAAAAAUAAUCUUAGGUUUACACCGGUGUGGUUUAACCCUAGGUUGAAGGAAUUUAAUGAUUUUACAGAUAGUGGUUCUUGGAUUAAGGUUGGGGUAAGAUUAAUUGAACACAUUUUUGUGAAAGGGAAAACGUGCACUUUUGUAGAAUUAAAAGUAAGAUGUAAUAUCGGUGAAUCCUAUAGAUUCAGAUAUUAUCAAAUAUAUCACACGUAUAAAUGCACUGUAGAUAAAACACUAUUUCAGGUUGUUCACAUAAUAUUAUUGAAUUUUUGGGGAAUUGGUUCUAUAAUAAAAAAAGAUAUGACCCGAAUAUACAAAAAAUUAUUGGUGGAAAUAAACAAAGGGAGGUGGAUGAAACAAUUUCAGUGUAAAAAUUAAAAUUUUUGGGGCCGUGUGUUUAAGAAUGUUAAUAGGGUUUCAAUUAAUAGGGAUCACAGAUUUAUCCAGUGGAACAUUUUGUGGAAAACUCACCUGGCUCCGGAUGACUUGGGGAGAUUUGGGUAUAGGCUUGACGCAGAAUGCCCAAGAUGCCAGCUAAAUGAGGCGGAUUACACCCAUAUUAUUUGGGCGUGCAGAAAAAUUCAGAAAUAUUGGGAAAGGAUAUAUCAAGAACUUAAAAAGAGAUUGGGGAUAGAUAUAGCAUUUACAUUUGAGGUAGUUAUUUUGGGAGAUAAUACGGAAAUAAAUAAGAAUUCAGAACUUUGCUUGAAAUUCCUCUUUUAUGCUCGAUUAUUAAUUGUAAGAUUGUGUCUUUCAGAGGUGGUCCCAGAUAUAAGGACUUGGAUAAAUCUAAUAAGUAAAGAGAUAGGAGUUACUGGCAAACAAAGGAUCCACUAGGGAAGGGAAAAGACUGGUGGAGACAUGGGAGAAAUGGACAGAUUCCUUUCUUCUCUCCUCUUCUCUUCGGUCUCUUUAU